AUGCCGAUAGCUGCAACUGCAUUAGUUGCGCCUCUGCUGUACUAUCAGAGGAAAGCAAAGAAACAAAAGGUUCUCAUAACCCAGAAAAUGACGGCAUAUGAGUUCUGCUCGCAAAUCGAUCUAGGAGGUUCAUUCUUGCUGGCCGCUGGAUUCGCCAUGUUCCUCUUGCCGUUCACUCUUGCUGGAACAUCCACUGGAAAAUGGAAACAGGGCCACAUCAUAGCACUGAUUGUCAUUGGUCUGGUGACGUUGAUUGGGUUGAUUUUCUAUGAAGCUUUUAUCGCUGCUCACCCCAUUGUGCCUCCACGGUAUCUCAAGAAUCUCACUAUCGUCUUGGGUUGCUCCCUGGGCUUUCUCGACUCCUUCGGAUUUGCUGCGACGCAUACCUACCUUUAUACUUGGGCUACAAUUGUUCAGAACAUGGGUCCUCGAGACGCUACGUUUCUCAACUACACCAACGGCGUCUGGCAGUGCCUCACUGGAAUAAUUUCAGGGGUCAUCAUGUGGAAAACAAAGAGAUAUAAGUGGUUGUUGGUCGCUGGAGCGAUCAUCAAAAUGAUCGGCUACGGGCUUAUGAUUCGGCUUCGAGGGGCCAAUAACUCCUGGGCUGAACUGUUUAUAGUCCAGUCGAUACAGGGCAUCGGCGCUGGAUUUCUGGAGAUGAUCAUUGUCGUCGCCGCACAAGUCGUCGUACCGCAUGUUGAAAUGCCUCAGGUGACAGCUCUAGUAUUGCUCUGUACGUUUGUAGGCUCCUCGGUAGGUAAUACAGUGGCGGGGGCGAUUUACACAGGAAACUUGAAAGGCGCGUUGCGCGAUCAUUUGGGUUCUCAAGCAACGGACGAUAUCAUCAAUGCAGUCUACGAUUCGAUCACUAGCCUUGAUAUUCCCGCUGCUGGUUCAGUACAGCGGACUGCGGUGAACAUGGCCUACUCGGAUGUGCUCAGGGAUAUCACCUACUCUGCCGUGGCAACCUCCGCAGUUUGUGUGCUAAUUGUGUUUUUCGUUCCGAACCUUCGUCUGAAAGAGGCCCGAAACCUCCUCACGAGCAGCGCUGACACUGUUGACAUCGAUGACAAUGACAGGAGGACAGACUUGAGUGCUAGGAAUGUGGCUGUACCGUCUGAGGCUAAGAUUGUGAAGACGUGA